CAGAAUUUCAAACCUGCAUAUUGACUUUCUGUUGCUUAGGCUCCAAGUCAGGCAUUGAACAUAAGGGAACUGCCUUUCUGGGGUCGUUCUCACCAGCAGCCCUGAACCUCCCUGCUCACUCCUUACAGAUUGUCUGUAGGUGAUAAAAGCAGAGAGGAUUUGGUUGUUUACAGAUGAGCCUUUCCCCAGUGCUGUUUCCUGCUUCAGUGUUAGUCAUACAGUGAAGAAAGUAGAAAAUGACUCCAGUAGAGAGUUUUAAAACAAUACUUUCUCUGGGGAUUUAACAGUUUGGGCACCUGGUUUGUACAUUUCCGUUUUUAUCUUCCAUUAACUCAUCUUUGUUGAGAACGGGCUGUCCACGUGAUGAGCACGAGGCCAUCUAGGCAGAAAGCGUGUGUGGAGGGAGAGAGGGAGGCAGCCCCUGGCUGGAGGGCUGCGCCGCCGCGCCGAGAGCACCCUUCUCCAGAGCCCACGCCGCCUGCCUCUCUCCUCCCUUUCCAGGCUUCCUGCGUCCAGUACCGGUUAGUGGUCCGGGAUGCCAACACCCUCCAGAUCCGCCAGCUGUACACCUGCCUGGACCAGAUCCAGCACAUCGAGUGGUCGGCCGACUCGCUCUUCAUCCUGUGUGCCCUCUACAAGCGGGGGCUGGUGCAGGUGUGGUCUUUGGAGCAGCCAGAGUGGCACUGCAAGAUAGACGAGGGCUCGGCAGGGCUGGUGGCUUCCUGCUGGAGCCCCGACGGGCGCCACAUCCUCAACACGACGGAAUUCCACCUGCGGAUAACUGUCUGGUCCUUGUGCACGAAGUCCGUGUCCUACAUCAAAUACCCUAAGGCUUGUCAGCAGGGAGUAACCUUUACCAGGGACGGCCGCUACCUGGCGCUGGCCGAGAGACGGGACUGCAAAGACUACGUGAGCAUCUUGGUCUGCAGCGACUGGCAGCUCCUGCGGCACUUUGACACGGACACGCAGGACUUGGCCGGGAUCGAGUGGGCCCCCAACGGCUGCGUGCUGGCCGCCUGGGACUCCUGCCUGGAGUACAAGAUCCUGCUCUACUCCCUGGACGGCCGGCUGCUGUCUACGUUCUGUGCUUACGAGUGGUCCCUGGGCAUCAAGUCCGUGGCCUGGAGCCCCAGCAGUCAGUUCCUGGCAGUCGGGAGCUACGACGGAAAGGUGCGGAUUCUUAACCACGUGACUUGGAAAAUGAUCACAGAAUUCGGGCACCCCGCGACCAUUAAUAAUCCCAAAAUAGUGGUGUACAAGGAGGCCGAGAAGAGCCCGCCACUGGUGCUGGGCCGCCUGGCCUUCCCUCCGCCCAGAGCAGCGGCUGGGCCCCUGUCCUCCACGGAGAGCAAAUACGAGGUUGCCUCGGUGCCGGUCUCCUUGCAGACUCUGAAGCCUGCCGCCGACAGAGCCAACCCCAGGAUCGGCGUCGGGGCGCUGGCCUUCAGUCCCGACAGCUGCUUCCUGGCGACGAGGAGUGACAGUGUCCCCACCGCCGUCUGGAUCUGGGACAUCCAGAAGCUGAGGCUGCUCGCCGUGCUGGAGCAGCUGUCUGCCGUGCGCUGCUUCCAGUGGGACCCGCGGCAGGCCCGGCUGGCCAUCUGCACGGGGGGCAGCAAGGUGUACUUGUGGUCGCCGGCGGGCUGCGUGUCGGUGCAGGUACCCGGGGAAGCAAGGACCACUUCUGCCUGUGCUUCCUGGAGACGGAGCAGGGGGUCGGCACAGCCUUCGGGCAGAGGGCUGACCACACGUAGGACCCGUGCACGAUCAGGCCCACGUGGCUCAAGGCCGGAGACCUCGGCUUGUGUUGGCCGCGGGAAAGGAGCAGAGCGUCUUGGUGCAGGGUCUCCCACUGGGGUGGCCCGGAGGAAAUGCUUUGCUUGUUUUUCUAUAGCAAGGCAAUUUUGUGAGUAUGUAUGGUAUAAAACUAAUUUUUGUUACUUAAAGUAAACAUCUGCUAA